AAAACAUACUUUACACUUCUUCUUUUUUUAAUUGGUUGCCAGUAUCCGAGCCCUUUUUAAACCGCGUCUCGGUGUCAUAAGCUGCGACCAGACAGCUGGCAGACGUACCGACCGCAUCCCGACUGCCGCCGCCGCUGCUGCUGCCUGCAUAGAGCCGAGCGGUGCAGAUGCGGUCUGACUAUUGCUGCAGGAAUGAAGCCUCUCUGAACUAAAACCAGAGGAACCAUGGACAAACGGGAGGGGUGUGCCUGUGAUGUCCAGGGGUGAGAAGCACAGCAGCUGAGGGGGGGAGAUGGGCUGCACCUCCACCAAGCAGGUGUCUGCGGUGCCCAACGGCGAGGAGGGACAGAAUAAAGCCCACAGCAACGGGGACCUCCUCUCUGAUGAGUACAAGAUGAAAGAAGUGGAGAAAGUCAAGUACAUCAGCGGAGAAGAGGGAGGCGUGGACGGCCAGGAGAGCACAGAGAAAAGUGCCCUCCUCGGUAAAGGUCAACACAUGGAUGAAACGGGGUCAAACGGGAAUGGAAAGAUUCUGAGCAUCCACUCCUCAGAGAGCCAGCAAGAAUUCUUCAGGAUGUUGGAUGAAAAAAUUGAAAAAGGCCAGGACUACUCGGAGCAGGACGAUGCGACAAAGCAGUGCGAUUGAGUAUCCGUUGGCCCCCGAUACGAGAGGACUGUCACGUUAUGGACGGGUCGUACCGCGCAGGACGGCGGCCGCUUUGUGUGCACGCGCCCGAGAAAAAUGGAGUGCUGACUUGAAUCAAGGACCUUUUUGACCUCCUGCUCACACUAGACCCCGCCAAUACGUCAACCACGAAGGAAAGGACCACAACACUCUUAAAGAUUUUAGUUAUUCGAAGUUUUUUUUUUUUUAUGAUUUCUUCCUUACUGAAGUUGUUGGAUGAGCGUUCGGGAUUGCGGUCACGUCGGUCCGAGAAGGUCCACGUAAACAUGGCUGUUAAGACUUCCUUCAAACCUUUUGGAACAUUCAGACUGUUGGCGCGUGAAAACCUCCAACAACAGAAGCUACCGGCAUUCUUGGUCCGUCAAAGUGAAGAUUCUCUCUGUCUGCGUCAUUUUAAACAUUUUCCUUCCCCGUCGCCCCCCUGAAAAAGUCAACAGGUGGGCCGCUUCCUGCAUUCCAACACACCGUGUGAACCUCUUUUCUACGGCACCGCGUCCGUCCGUCCGUCCCUGCUACGAUGUAGAGUAUUUACGUUGAAUAAGGCUCAGGGUUGAAGUGUUUUAAUCUCUUGUCUCGUGUUUUAAAAGUCGAUCCUUUUAAUUAGGACACUGUCGCACCAUUAACACUCACUCACACUCGUGCACUCCAACAGCAGGUCUGUGCUUCUGCAUCAGGCCGCGUGGACUCUGCUUCGUCACGCAAGUCGGGCCGUGUAUUUCGCUCACCAGUGUUAUGUUGUCGUGUUCGGUUUCUUUUUGAAUUUUUUUGUUUUUCUAGAAAAAAUAAAGUGUUUUCAGUAACUUA